AUGGAGCCAGUGGAAGGACCGACCACAGAAAAUAAUACUAUACAACAUGACCAAUCUAGAAACAAGAUUACUGGACGACAGAUUCGUACAGUUCUUGUUUCUUCAACAGGCUUCUUUAUGGAUGCUUAUGAUAUUUUUGUAAUCAAUUUGGUUGUUCCCAUGCUCGGUUAUGUCUACUACAUGGAUAAAGGUAAUAAAGUGCCAUCGAAUAUCCAAGGUAUUGUCAAGGGUAUUACAAAUGUGGGUAAUCUUAUUGGUCAGUUACUAUUUGGUUUUUUGAGUGAUAGUAAAGGCCGUAAAAGUGUUUACGGUAUUGAACUUCUAAUUAUCAUUGUGGGUACAAUUGGUUCAGCUAUGGCAGGAUCGGCGGCAACAGGUGUCGGUACCUUGGGUUUUCUUGGAUUUUGGCGUCUUUUACUAGGUAUUGGGAUUGGUGGUGACUAUCCUAUGUCAGCUACUGUGUCCAGUGAAUGGUCAAACGCAGGACGACGUGGACAAAUGCUUGCAUUAACUUUUUCUAUGCAAGGUUGGGGUCAAUUUUUCGGUGCAUUAUUUGCUGUUAUAUUGUUGGCUAUUUUCAAGAAGCCUAUCGAAGCUAAUCAAAUCAAUAUCGACUAUGUCUGGCGGAUUCUGCUUGCUCUUGGAGUUGUGCCUGCUGUAUGCACUCUCUAUGCACGUUUUCAUCUACCGGAGUCACCUCGCUACGCCGAACGAGUUCUCAAGGAUUCUGAAAUGACUGAAAUAAGUAAAGCAUACGCACUAGGAGUACGUCCACAAAGUUCUGCAAAUUUGAUUUCACGCGAAUCUAUGGUUGAAACGACAAAAGUCGUCGAAGAUCGGCAUCAUUUUCGAGAUUUUCGAAUUUACUUUUCACGGUGGCGUAACUUGAAAGUUCUCAUUGGCACAUGUUCAACUUGGUUCUUACUCGAUAUUGCAUUCUAUGGCCUUUCACUCAAUCAAUCGAUUGUAAUAUCAGCUAUCGGCUUCGCCCCAGAUACAACUAAAACAUCGCCUUGGGAAACUCUAUAUAAACAAGCACUUGGCAAUUUGAUUAUUUCGCUUCUCGGUGCUAUCCCUGGCUAUUAUGUUACUGUAUUCACUGUCGAAUAUCUUGGUCGUAAGACUAUUCAAAUAAUUGGUUUCACUAUGGAAACUAUUCUAUUUAUCAUCGUUGCUGCAGCAUAUCAUCAGCUGAAAGAUCGAUCUACAGCAGCAUUUGUUGUCAUGUUUGUCCUCAUUCAAUUUUUCUUUCAGUUCGGUGCCAACGCGACAACAUUCAUUAUUCCGGCUGAAGUAUUUCCAACACGAUUUCGCUCUACAGCUCACGGUCUUUCAGCAGCAUGCGGAAAGGCAGGUGCUAUUCUAGCAGCAUUUGCUUUCAAUGUACUAGUUGAUCAUGGAGGUAAAAAUGCAUUUCUGCCGCAAACACUCGGCAUUUUUGCUGCUAUUCAAUUUGUUGGUCUUCUUGCCACCAUAUUUCUAUUGCCUGAGUCGAAGGGUCACGAUUUGGAUUCUUUCGAAGACAAUGAAGCGGAAUGGCGUCCAGACUAUCAACAGAGCAAGGAUGUUGUUAAUGAACACGAAAGUUAUUCUCAUAGAACUUAUGAUCUUUUUUCAUUUGAAACUGAAACUAAAGAAGAUGAAGAAGAAAGAAGAAAAAUUUCAAUGAAAUUUAAAGAAAAAGAAACUAGAAAAAGUGCAGAUGAUUUAACAUUCAGUAAAAGUACAGUUCAAUUAGAUGAAGAUGAUGAACAAACAAAAGAAAAAACUGAUGAAGAUUUUGAUAAAGAACUUGAUUCUAUACAACAAAGAUUUAAUGAAAAAAAAUUAUUAAAACAAGAAAAGAAAAAACAAGUUAUUCUUGAUGCAGAUGAUGAUAAUCAACAAGAUAUUUCAUCAUCAACUCAGACACUUGAUCUUAACAUGUCUCAUAGUAAAAAACCUCGAUCACCAUCACCUGUACCACCGGAAACACCACGACGAUAUAAUUUACGAUCAAAGAAAAGAGCUGGAGAGCCUACUGAUCAUUCUACCGAUGAGUCAAUUUACGUGAAAAUUGAUGAAGAUACCCUGAUCAGUGUAACAGGUCAGUAA